AUGUCUCUCACCUCCAUGCCUCCAUCUCCCGAACAAUUACCAUUUGUGGGUUCUCCCCGGAUCAUUUCGGUGCAAAACAGACAAGAGAAGUCUCCCAAUUUUUCCCAUCAAGGGGAUCCUAAGAGACUAUCACUCUCACCAAGCUUUUCUCUCUCAAACAGAAACAAUUUGGGAACUUCUGAUAUGCUAAAAUCACCCGUAAGAUCACCAAGAGGAGGAAAUAUGAUAACAGUUACUGACGCAAUAAGUAAUCCAGCUAGAACAAGUGUCAAUAUGGACGUGAAACAUCUGCCAAACAUAGAAGAUUCUCCACAGCUUCUAGCUACGUCGGUCGGUGCUGAAAUAGGUAGUGAGUUAGUGCCCUCCAUAUCCAAUAUAUCGCUGCUGUCUUUAAACCAACUAAACAGCACGCCAGCUUCACUCAGCAAUAACAAUAUUCCUCAAAACCUGAAUCCCUCGUACAAUGUUGACUCCAAUUUGAGCCCAGAAGAAACUGCAGCAUACAGAAGUAAUAGUUUUGCCCAACGGCAUUUUAAUAACCAGAGACAGCCAAACUUACCGCCAAUUCAACACUCAACAUUUUCGGUUGGCGGUAGCAGAAAGUCGUCUUUUCACUCUCCUACCCUGACCAGUUCACCUUAUUUCAAUAGUGCUAGUCGACCUCGUAUGAGAAGACAAAGUUCAAACGUAUCACAUCAGCAGCAGAGCUUUUCAAUUGCUUCUUUUGUGAAGAACAAACCAAACCAAACAACCACCAGACGAAAAACUUCAACCGGUGAUAUGCUCUAUGAACCAGAUUCACCAUCCCUAGAUCCCGUUUCGUUGUCAGGCUCACCUUCUAACUUCAUGUUGACACAAACAUCUCCUCCAAGUUCCCUUAAAUCAAACUCAUUGUUAUCCUCUACCCAGUUUCCCCUUUGCAAAAAUACAUUCAGAUCAUCUAACACUAGAAAAUCUUCAUUAUCUAUGUUGAACUCAAAUGUGUCCCAGCUUAAACUCCUGGUGAACAACCUCACAGAUGAGCAGUCUUUUUACCAAAUUCCAAUGAAUAGAAAUGACUCGUCAAGUUCUAUUGGCAGAAGAUCACCAGAAUUGCGUCCUGUAAAUGCUACUUUACCUCCAAUGACGCCGCUUAACUUAUCUGCACACGACUCGUUAAGUGGAAGAUCAAAUUCAGUUGCAAUUAUAGAUGACGAUGAAGAAGAAGAAGAGGGUUAUGACGAGGAAACUACCAGCUGCCAUGCUGGUAAUACUAGGAAGCACAGUAUAAACAAAGAAGUCAGUGGUAUUAGAAAUAACACGGAAAGUCAAAUGAUAGGUGCUGUUGGCCGAGUCGACAGCCUAAAGACUGGAGAUGAAUUGACUAAAGUUUCAACCGAUAAGGAUGAUAUAUUUGGCCAAAAUAUUGAAGAUUGA